AUGGCGAAGUUCGUGCACACGAAGGACAUCUUCGGCAUCGUCGUGCUCCUCCUGCACCUGCCGAACUGUAUCGCUGGUCUGAGCCAGAUGACCUUUAGUUGUCUCACGAUAAUAUACGUGUCGAUGGUGUACCUCGCUCUAGACAUGGCCUACAUGAAUUGUGUGUACGUCUUGAGAGCCUGCUUCAUCAAAAUCAACGAGGACUUGGAACAGUUAAACGAAGAUGAAGGACCGUGGCUGGCUAGUGUGUCUUCGCAUAAAGGACGAAGUUUCCUAUUGCUGGUGAAGCUGAAGCACUACGAGAAGCUGCACCAGGAGACCAGCGAUGUCGUUCAGUACUUGAAUAAGGCGUAUCUCUUUCGGAUCAUCGUCGCGUCGAUCUGCACGUUUACUUCGGUUACAUUCAAUUUGUACUUUGCUAUCCUAUCUUACACCACCGGACAUAUUGAGUUUAAGCAUAAGAGGAUCUGGUACAUCCCGCAUAUUGGAGCAGUGAUCUUUUAUUUUUGUAAGUUCGCAAUGAUGAUUAUGAUGUGCGAGUUCACGAAGAAGGAGGCUCAGGAAAUUGGUACCACGAUCCAUGAGAUCCUCAGCAAGUGCACCGAUGACACGGUCAAGCGCGAGGUAAUUGCUGCUGAUGGUUGA